AUGUAUUCCAAAUUUAUAUAAUAAGAAUAGACAAAUCCUGAUCUUACUAUUUAUCAUUCUCUAAGAUAAUCUAGAAGAGAUUCGAAAAGAGAUCGACCUGUUAAAUCAUUCGUAAAUUAUUAUUACCAUCUUAGACACUUCUUUAAGAAAUUACUUUAUCUGCAAAUAUUCCCAACAAUCCAAAUAAACUAAUCUAAUUAAUUAGUUAAUUUAUGUCAACAUAAUAAACCAUUUAACAAAUUACUAACUCAUUAGAUAAAUCAUAAAUUGUUAAUUUAUUCUUUCAUAUCCAUUAAUUUCAACUUCCAAAAUAACUUAUUCAAUUUCUACAUUUGCUUUAUGAUUCUCUUAUACUCAUAGAUAAUCAAUUUCAAGAUAUCUAUAAAUAUAUCCUCUUACUUAAUUAUGAAAUAUUAUAAGCUUAAUCUGGAUAAUUAACUAGAAUCUUUGAAAUACUCUCCGAAAUGUUACUACUUAAUCCUGAUUUCUAAGCAUUUCAAAAACUAUUUCAUAUUGAUAUUCAACAUGUAAUUACAUAUACUUUUAUAUAUAUAGAUAACCAAUUCAUAUAAUCGAUUAUAAUUGAAAAUACUUUUCUUAUCUACUUCAUUAGAUAUAAUUCAUUCCUUAAAAGGAUCUGUUGCACUAUUUGAAUAAUUAGAAUCUUUUGUCUUCUCAUCUAUUAAAAAAAAUUAAAUACCAGAUCCUAAUGAUCUAUAAACACUUGUAAUUGCAUAUGUCUUAUUAACUCAAUAAAUUGAUAUCUCUAACAAAUUAGGAUAUUCUUAAUAAGCACUUGAAAUUUUCGGAAAAAAUUCUGAUUACUCUAUUCAAGAAUUAAAAAAAAAAUUCAUCAUUAAUGCAACCAAAUUAUCAUCUAAAUAUUUAGGUUAAUCAAUCUCUGAUUAAUUAUUAACUAUUAAUAGAUCUUUUAGUCCAGGAUUUACUCAUCAAUCUAAUAAUCAUCUAUCCCAAUAAGAUAAUUAAUAUUUUAAAUUUCUGGCUACUUAAUUAUAAAUCACUUAUGUUAUUGAUAAUCAAUCCAAUUUUUUUAUUGAUUCCUAAUGUAAUACCCUAUUAACUUAACCAUUAAUUAAUUCAUUAUUAGAUAAGUAAUCAUUCUUUCUAAUAAUAGAUUAAUACCAUUGUCUGCUAAAAAAGAAAAAGUUAACUCCAUCUUCACUGAAUUAAGUUAACAAGAAAAAAAACCAAUUAUAAUUAAAAAGUAAUUCUCCAUUAAGUAAUUAAAAUAAGAAAACAAUUCUUCAUAAAUUAUGUUACAAAACCAAGUUUCAAGUCCAACCUCAAAAAACAAAAAUCAACUUUAGUAAUCUUAGUAAAAUUUGAAAUAAAGUAAUACAAAUAAAUUGGAUUCAAUGGAAUUUGAAAUAUUAUAAAAUAAAUUGGUUCAUUAAUAAUAAGAACUUUAAGAACUUAAGCAAUUAUAUGCUUCUUAAAUGUUAGAUAAGAAAUAAGAUUCAAUUUCUUAAUAAAAUCAAUAGAAUGAAUAAUUAAAAAAGAAAAUAGAAUAGUUAGAAGGCAAUCUUGUAUAAUUAAAGAAUGAGAACAGUAAUUACAAGAAGGAGAAAGAUCAAAAAUAGAGUGAAGUACAUGAAUUGAGAUCUUUUAUUUAAGAUCUAUAAGAUAAGUAAUAAAAAUUAGAAAAAGUUGUUUAAUAACAAUAAUAAUAAUAGUAAUAAUAAUAAUAAUUAUAACAAUAAUAACAAAGUCUUUUAUUAUAGUUUUAAGCAAAUUCAGGCAUCAAUUAUCAAAAGACAUAGUAGAGCAAUUAUUCAACAAAAGCUAACACAAAUAUAAAUAUUUAAUUACCAGGUGGGAAUUCAGAAACAAAGAAUAGACUAUUAGCAAGAGGAUAGAGUUAAUUGAGUCAUUCACCUGGAGAAGAAUUUAAAUAUGAAAUGGAUGAUACUAGUCCUAGAAUAAUAAGAUAAAAUCAAACAUAUUUACUAUAAUUAUUAGAUAUGCUUGAUUUAAAUACAGGAUUUAGUAAGAUUUAUACUAAACUUCAUUCUUAAAAUGAGAAUAAUCCAUGGGAAAAUGAUGUAACAGUAAUACAUAACUUUAAAGUUGAUGCUAUGAUAACAGAUUCAAAUGAAGGAAAGAUUUUAAUAUUGAAGGCAUUUAAUUAAAAAAACAAUUAAAUUUGUUCAGAAUAAAUUCCAUUUGAUCUUUUAAAGAGUUUACUUGGUUAUGUAGAUUUUUAAGAUUCUUUACCAACUAAUUUACCAAAUAUUAGUACAACUCAUUAAUUUUUUAAAUUCUUAAUUUUACCAUAUACAGCAGUUAUUUAAGAUGAAAAUACUCAAUAAUAUAAAAUUUAAUUAUGGCCUAAACCUUAUGGAUUAUUGAAUGGAUUAACUUUAAAAUUGGAUUUUCUUGAUUUUAAUUGUCUUGUUUAUGUACAUCAUUUAGAAACAGAUUAAUUUAGAGUAAUAAUAUUUGAUUCUUCAAAUUAUGAUUGUUUUAAAUUAGAUUUAGAACUUGAUUAUUCUACAAUGGAUAUAUUUUUUAAAGAUGCUAAAUCUAUAAAAGAUGAAUAUAAUUAUUAUUGUAAAAGUAAAUUAUUAAAGUUAACAGAGAAAUCUCCUAAAUUUGGAGAAGAUGAUGUAGCAGAAGCUUUAGUUGAAAGACAUUUCUCUAAAGAUAAAGUAAAAAUAAUAAUGGCUGAAUCUAAACCAAAUUAUUCAUUUGCUUAAGAAAAUAUUGUACUUAAAUAACCAUAAGAAUUUCUUAAAUAUAUAAAAAAUAUUGUUUAAGCAUUUGAAUAAUAACUAAAAACUUUAUAAUUUAAUUUCUCUAAUAAUAUUUUAGGUAUAAAGUAUUUCAGAUGUAAAACAUGGAAUGCUGGUACUAAAAGUUAAAUUUAAAUCAUUAAAGAAUAACUUGAUUAAUAAUAAUUAUCAAUACAUCUAGCUAAUUGUUUUGAAUCAUUUGGACCAAAUAAAUCUAAAUUAAAAGUUUAAGGAAAUACUAUUAUCAACUUUUCUACAAUCUAAAGAGAGUUUGCUAUCUCUUAUGAUAAAUUAUAAAAUGAAGAAAGAGCUACCAUUUUGUAAACUAUUUUAUAUUCCUAUAAUCUUAAUAUCUUUGAAAAAUAAUGUGAAUAGGAUUAAUAACAAUUUGAUAAAAACCCUAUUAUUUAAAGUAUCUAUGAUUGUGGAUCAUACAAAAGGUAAUUUAAUCAAUAUAUAUAUUAUAAGAGUCAUUGUUUUUGAUGAUACUAAAAUAUCUUAAGUUACAAUCUAAGUUAUAGGAUCUAAUAGAAGAAUGUGUGGAAUUAAAUUUUCAGUAUUUAAUAUACAUGAAACUAUUGAACAUGGAGUUUUCUUACCUGUCUCUUAAAUUGAAUGGGAUACUAGAACCAUGGAAAAAUAAAAAAUUAAAGCAUCAGUCUAAAAUGUCCCAUUUGCUGAAUAUCUUCUUACUUAAAUUCUUAAAUGUCCAAUCACAUCAACUGUAAUAUUUUACAUAAAUAUUUUUAGAUACUUUUUAAGAAGAUAUUAAAUUCUGAUUUUAAAUCUAAUUAAAUUAAUAGUAAUUAAAUUUAAAAUCGUAAAACAUUUAUUGAAAGAAUUGAUAAUAUUUUAACUUGGUAAGAAGUUGUUGCAAAUUUGUGA